GAGAGUACUAUAACGCCAUCGGAAUGUGGUAAAAAAGUAAACUAAAUAUUUUAGUGUAUAUCAAAGAUUGAAAAAUUGUUUAAAUAUAAAUUUUCAAGUAAUUAGCAAUUGGUAAUUGUUAUUGUACAAUUAUUUUUUAUGAUAGUAUUAGGGAUCAUUACAAGGGAUUAUUUAUUAUUAUUAUGUUGAGACACGUGGUCAUAGGGGGUGGUACCGGUUCCAUUGGAAGAGCCCUUACAUAUGCACUUAGAAAUGAGGGUCACACUGUUACUAUUUUGUCUCGUCAGGAAACUGGUCCUGACAUUCUUUCAUGGCAAAAUUUAGCAAUAAAAGGUUUACCCAAAGAUACAACAGACGUUAUAAAUGUCGCUGGACAAAAUAUACUAGACCCAAUGAAAAGAUGGAAUGAAGAAUUUAAAAAUGAAGUAUGGGAUAGUAGAAUUAGAACGACAAAAACAUUAGCACAGGCUAUCAAUAGAAAACCUGAUGUUAAAUCAUUUGUAACAAUAUCUGGAGUUGCUUAUUAUAAACCUGAUGAUACAAAAGAAUAUACGGAGUAUGAUAAAUGUGAACCAUAUGAUUAUUUAUCAGAAUUAACUCAUGCUUGGGAAGAAGCAACGGAGCUUGCUCCAAAUUCUACAUGUAGACGAGUGACAAUAAGAUCUGGUGUAGUUUUGGGAAGAUAUACUGGAAUGAUUCAAAAAGUUAUCAUGCCUUUUUUCCUAGGCCUCGGCGGUCCUAUUGGCAGUGGAAAUCAAAUUAUGCCUUGGAUUCAUAUUAGUGAUUUAGUUGACUUAUUUAUAUUUGCAAUUGAAGAAGAACAAGUUAAGGGAAUUUUGAAUGGUGUGUCACCACAGAUAAUUACAAAUAAACAAUUUACUAAAGCUUUUGCAAAAGCUAUGUGGAGACCAGCGUUUAUUCCACUGCCAGAAUUUGCAGUUAAUCUUAUUUUUAGUUCAGAAAGAGCGAAGAUUAUGAUAGAAGGUCAAAAAGUUAUUCCAAAACGAGUACUAGAGUAUGGUUUCGAGUAUUCUUAUUCAGAUAUUAAUGAAGCAUGCCAACAAUUUGCUGAUAUUUCUUACAUACAACCAUAUUAAUAUUUACAUUAUGAUUACUUUGCUUUUUUAAUAAAAACUAGUAAAAGCUAGAAUACUUUUAAAUAAAAAAUA